UAAAACAUUUCCUGGAAUUUUCAGGCAUAUUUCGACGAUUCUUGUUUUUUUUCGGUCAUUUUACAGUUAUUUUUCGGUCAGUUCAAUAGAAUGGAAGCGUUCAGAAACGCUGUGCAUAUAGUCAUGAACAGAUCGUCCGAUGACCAACAAUUGGACUGCACACUCAUGGCGUCAGUUCAAAAGCAGCUAAACGAAGUUGCGGACGCCGUGACUUCGGUAUGGCCUCUUGCUGCGUUGUCAGAACUAGAAAGACGCGAAUGCGCCAAAACUUCGGCCGUAAGACGGUUUCCGGCGAGAAGCAUCGUUUACGACGAUAAUCGUAACUCCAACGAGGCGAAUGCUUAUUUCGUUCUCGAAGGUCGGUGUACUUGCACGCAGCGACUCCGUAUCUGUAAAAUGACAGUAAAUGGCCGCAACCGUUUUACAAUGAUCCGAGAUUAUAAUGACGAUGGCCAAUCAUAUUCGGACACACAGAAAAAUGUGCAGACAGUCUAUGUGAAGAUUUCCGAUCUACGUCCAGGUUCGGUUUUCGGUCUGGGAGAAAAGCGUUCAGAUCGGAUAGUGAUUGCCACAACUGAUGUCAAAUGUCUGCUUGUCCCGUUGUCAUUCCUCGCUAAACACAACGGGUCCAACAUCUGGGGAAGAACUGUGUGCUCUCUGAACGGCACCAACCCAACAGCCGAACAGUCGUUCCGGAAGUUUGUCGUGGAAAACAGAUGGGAAGAGUACAAGAAGUCGUUAGCGAGCGACUUGUUCCGGAAAUGCCAACCAUAAUACUGUUAUUAUUAUUAUGACCAAUGGCCACUGUGUAUAGAAUUAUAUUUUAUGUUAUUUUUACGAACGACGUAGUAUAAUCGCAUCGUGUCUUUUCUUUUUAUUAUUACUAAAUAGGUUAAGUACCUACCUUUGGUUUAAGUAACCUAUAU